CCAUUUUGGCGGGCCAGUUUUGCUGGGCCACUUCUCAUUUGCAAGGCUCCGUUCUCUCUUCGGCGACGCGUAACCGAGGAGCGCGCCUCCACCUCUCGCUGCGUCUGUCGAGUCUUCAGGCUGUUGUUCUCGGGGCGUCAGCUGCUCCAGCUGGUCCAGCUGAUGAGGGGCGGGGCUGCACCGCUGGUCCCAGCCCUUCUGGGACGGCCACCAGCACAGAACAGCGAGAAGACUGGCGGGGUGCUGAGCGCCUCUAACGACGGUCUGCUUGCCGGGCGACAUGUGUGGUUGCGUGCUGGGAUCCAGGAGAUGCGGUUGGAGUUCAGAAGGUUGUACAACGAGUACUGCUUAUCCAGGCACCAUUUGAGCGUGGGAGAUGUGAGGAAUCUGUCUGAGUGCGCAGUGGGUGUCGACCCCUUGUCUGGCUCGGUGUUCCUGAUGAGAUCCAUCGACGCCCGCAUGGUGGCGAUCCCAGAGCAGUGUGAGUUGGCAUGGUGCUGCCUUAACGGUGUCAUGUCAGAAGAGGAGUGGUCACUCGAGGCGUGGAAGAUCCUGAGUUGUGUCGGAAAACGCCACGUUCAGGAUAUUAUCCUUCGGAGCACAGCAAGGGAGGCUCCUGUGAAGCCGCUUGGUCGAGCAAGCGCCGCCGUCUCUCCACGAAGGCGCCCCGUCAUGCUGCCCGGAUCCAUUCGCCGCCUGGUGCCCAGGUUGUCGUACAGGAGCUGCAAGCAAGUCGCCCCUGAGACGAGCCAGGUGAUCUUGCGAGACAACGCCGUGAGUCAUAGGCCCCGGGCCUGCUGGUUCUUGGGCUGA